AUGGAGUCAGCUCCGGCAGCCCCCGACCCCGCCGCCAGCGAGCCGGGCAGCAGCGCCGCGGAGACGGCCGCCGGCUCCAGGGAGACCCCGCUGACCCAGGAAUCCGGACGCAAGAGCGAGCCGCCCGCCGCCGCGGGGCGCAGGCAGAGCUACGCGAGCUCCAGCCGAGGUGACUUGACAAUCUCUAGGCACUGACAUUUCUCUCCGAAGUGGAGUAAAUCAAAUGGAGACCCACAAGCUAAAGUGUGUUUCGCUGGGUGAGGGUAAUGAAAGGAGGAAAGUUGACACUUUGAGAAGUUAUGACGAACUUGUCGAGAAUGCCAGUUGACGAGGGCAGUUUUAGAGAAACCCGAAGAAAUAAAUGGACAAAGAUGGAGCAAAGGCAGCCAGAUGUGAUCCUUCUCUUCCGGAGGCAAGGAGGCUUCUCUCAUCCCCUAUGAUUGAUGCCACUCGCGGCCGGGCGUGAGUGUGUGGAAAUUAAUGGAUCGUGCGACGUCCAGUCACAGAGGAAACAUGUGCAUUUAGCAACCCUGCGACCUCGUCAGUAGACCGCAUCGCUUUUCAUUUUCACUCUCCAGUUUAUAAACCGGUGGAUGAUGAAAAGUCAUGUGACAGGAUAGCUUGCUCUCCCAGGAGCCUUGGUGUGCCCAGGAUAUUCUGUCUGAAAGGACAGGGCAAUUGAGAGAGAGUAGGUGCCCUGAGCCCUCAAUUGCCCAGGUAAUGAAGCAUGGGUACAGCCCGAGCCAAAUGAAAUAACUUGAUAAUCAAAAGUGAUUCCUCCUUGCAUGAUAGGAUUAGUUGACUGAUGAUGUAAAGUGUGGAACUGUUAGAGUUGAACCUCGCGCCUCCGGGCGCCUCACCCGUGCGCGUGGGCAGAGUGUGGGAACUCCAGCCGUGCGUAUAGCCCAGGCCGUUCCAAAUGCGUGGCGGCAAAGAAUGACAGACUGGUGAGGUUCCGAGACUCUCCCGAGAGCCUGCACUCAGUAGGAGAACGGAAGCCAUGCUGAAGGACUUCUGACCAUUGCACCACUUGUCCUGCCCUGAGAGAGUGGGGUACACGAGAGGCGGCAGGCUACCAGCCCCAACGUGCUCCAGUGCAGUGUCAGAGUUAAAAGCGGCCUGCGAACUUUCUAGUCCAGCGCCCUCCAUCGAGCGCGAUGCUCACAUACAAGACAAGGGAUGUGUCCUGGGUCAUAGUUCUGUUUCUUAUCUCAUAUUCUUUCUACUCAUGUCCUGGGCCAGAAUCCUCAGAAGCUCUAGAAACAUAGAAGGCCUUCAGGACACCACCCCCUUGAGGACACGUAGACGUGCACACACGUUCACUUAGCACUGGAAUUAGAGUAAGUGUGUUUUACGUUGGCUAUACAUCCAUAGCGACGGUUAGUUUUUGAAUCCCACUGUGCUUUUGUUUUGUUUUGAUUUUUUUCAAGGUAGGGUCUCGCUCUAGCCCAGGCUGACCUGGAAUUCACUUUGUAGUCUCAGGGUGGCUUCAAACCCACGGCGAUCCUCCUGCCUCUGCCUCCCAGGUGUUGGGAUUGAAGGCGUGUGCCACCAUACCCAGCUACCACUAGACAUUUUUUAUUACGUAGUAAAAACUAGCCCUGUCCAGUAAUCUGUGGCUUUGUCAGUAAGAAUUACAGUUCUCAAGCAUAAUGCUUAAGACUUACGUUCUAAGUGAUUAGAAAUUUGAGCACAGGAAGUGGAACUGAGUACCUUCUGCUGGUGUGUCCCUGGAGCAGGGCAUAGCCAGGGACACUGAGUCCAGUGCUUCAUCAAGUCAGAGGCCCAAGCUGUGUCCUAGACAGGGAAACUCAAGAGCAAACCUAAUAGAAUAAUAAAGAGCCAUUAAAAAAUCUCAUUGUAGGGCUGGAGAGAUGGCUUAGCGGUUAAGCGCUUGCCUGUGAAGCCUAAGGACCCCGGUUCAAGGCUCGGUUCCUCAGGUCCCACGUUAGCCAGAUGCACAA